UGUCUGGUCCAUCAGUGUGCUUCUAUACUCCAGCAGUGAACAACUAUAGGCAUUCGCUACAAAUAUUUCCUAUAACAAUAUGGCCCCACAGACCCAGCAAAGCCAGAGCCCAGCGCCCGUGUGGGGCCAGCGCUCCGUGUCAGCCCUGCUGGGCAUCCCGCUGCUGGUCUCCGUGUGGGCGCUGCUGCUCAACAUACCUGUCAUCGGGUGGUUCCUUGCCAUCUUUGAGAUGUUCGUCCUGCGCAUCUGGAACUGGUUGCACAGUCUUCACUUGCCAUCCUGGAUGGAGUCAAUCCUGCAUUUCAUUGACCGCAUUAUAGAGAAAUUUGUAGUAGUUAUUUCUAAAAUCAUCCACUGGCUUUUUGCAGACCGUUCUAAAAGCGAUAAAAAAUCUAUUGCAGGUAAACGCUAGAUAGCGAAGUUUCUAGCUAUUUCCUCAAUUUGCAUUAUCGUGGAUAAGUUUUUCAGAGAAAUUUUUACUAAUAAAUUCUUAAUAUAUGAUACCAAAUCAAAGUCAAAUGCUUCCUCCGUUACGGUUUAUGAUUAGAAAAAUAAUUUAAAUUUAGGUCUGUAAGCUGAAUUAUCUGAAUCAUUUUCAGAUAAAUCGCCAAUAAAAUACCCCAGAAUUCCCCUAUAGACGUCAUCACCUAUAUGAUACUAUAGGAUUUAUUCUUCCUCUGUUAUUAUUCUAAUCGAACAAACGUGUUACAUAAUUACAUAAAAUGUACUAUGGCAAGGAGCUACAUUAUAUACGAAUAAAUUUUCAUUUGUG